AUGACUAAUAAGCACAUAGCCAGUGACUUCUCGAAUGUGUUGCAAGAAGCUCAAGUCAUAGGAAUUGUUGUGAAUCCAAGUGAUCUCAAGGUUGCCAUCAACCAUUUUUAUCUUAUUUUUCAAGUAAGAGAAAGAGAGAAAAGAAAACAACAUUUAGGUUCCCUUCUUGUGCAAGAAUUCAAGUUACCAUGA